AUGGCGGCAGAAACACCCAUCCAGCAGAACAUGCAGUCCCGGAACGCCGACUACGCUUCCAGCUUCGACAAGGGACACCUUGCCCUUCCGCCGGCAAAGAGCUACCUCGUCGUAACGUGCAUGGACGCGCGCAUCGACCCAGCUGCAUCCUUCGGCAUCGAUCUCGGCGACGCCCACAUCAUCCGCAACGCAGGGGCCAACGCGCGCGACGCCCUGCGCUCCGUCGUCAUCUCCCAGCAGCUCCUGGGCACCAAAGAGAUCCUGCUCGUCAAGCACACCGGCUGCGGCAUGCUGACCUUCACGAACGAGGACGCUCGCGCCAUCGCAGAGAAGAAUCUGGGUGCGCACGUCCGCGCGGAGGCCGGUGCCAUUGACUUUCAGCCGUUUCCGGACCUGGAGGAGGCUGUGAGGUCGGAUGUGGACUGGCUGCGAGCCCAGAGCCUGGUGCUUCCGGGGAUCCCGAUCUCUGGUUGGGUGUAUGAAGUUGAGACGGGAAAAGUGAGACGAGUUGUCUGA